AUGAGCUCCACUUCCACCGCCCCGGCUUCCGUCUCCACCUGCACCGGCAGCACUCGCUGGGACAUCCCCAUCAAAGAUGCCGCCUGCGCCGUCCCCAACACCGGAAACUACACCGACAUCAUGGACAAAUGCUGCGGCCCAGCCAAGGUCACCAAGUACGACAAGGACUGCGGCAUCUACUGCCUCGCACAGGAGCAGUCCCUUGGCGACCUGACCGACUGCUUCCGCGACAAGGGCGCCAAAGACGGCGAGUUCUUCUGCAACAAAGAAAAGAUGAACGCCACGGCUACGGCCGCCGUGCCAUCCGCAUCCAAGACUGAGAGCGCCGCCAAGGAGUCCGGCAGCGAGGGCGCUGCGGUCCAUGUUAUGCAGCCCGUGUCCAAGGGCGGACUGGGCGUGUUUGCCAUGCUGUGCGUGUCGGUCGUGCUGGGCGCUUUCGCGUGA